UAUUUGCACAUUAAAAACAUAAAUUUAUAAUUAUUAAUUUAGCAGUUCUUUAAAACUUACUUGGUUAAGAGUGCAGUAUGUAUUGUUAGUUUGGGUAUCUCUGAAAGUAUUAGAUGUAAAUUUCCUUAAAGAUAUACUAAGUUGAGGUUUUUCAGUAGUUAAUACUGAUAAUCCCCAAACAUUUGCAAUUAAUGUAUGUUUAUUAUAUUUUUACUGUUCUACAUUGUAUUUGGGUUUCGUCAGUAGAGUGCAGGACAGUUUAAAUGGAAAAAACUUAUUAGCAUAAUAAGAUUCUAUAUUUAUCUGGACAUUUUCUACUUGGCUUGAGAUGAAUUUUAAUAGUAAUUGUUUUAGGAGUUUAAGAUAAGGAGUAGUAGUUGAGUUUAAGGUAAGGAGUAGUAGUAGUUGAGAGUUUUUAUUUUAGGGAUAUUUUAGUAUUUGCCUUAAUUAUAUUGGAGUCAGGAAAUUUGGGUCUAUGGAAGCAUGAGCUGUGUAUAUAGAACUUAAAUUGUAUCCAAUGGCCACCAUUGAUUUAGAUGUAAAAAUUGGUUUUUGAAUUCAGAACAUUAGUGUUCUGUUCAUUUAUUGUACCAUAUUAAUUUGAGUUGGUCUUACAUUUUGAAAGGGAGGAGAAUUGCAAGAGUUGGACAUAGUAAUGAGCUAGAUGUUUGGUCUUUUCAGGAGUGCAAGUGAUAGAAAGUUUUUUGGGAAUUUUUGGUGUUUUUAAAUUUUAUUUUACUUGUAGAAUAGUUAUUUUUUUUAAAUGGAUAUAAAAUUUAUAUGCAGUGAAAUGCACAGACCUUAAGGAUAGAACUCAUUUAACCUUGAUAAAUUUAUACACCCGUGUAACCAAUACUCCAAUCAAAAUAUAUAACAUUUCUAUCACCCCUUUCCUUGUGCCACUUCCAAUCAAGGAGCAAUUGUUUCAUUUUCAGAAGGUUUUUUGUUCUUUAAAUAAUUUGCAGAUGUCUACUUGGAAUUUGUACCUCCUUUUUGCUGAGGGAUGAUUAAUUUCCCUUUGGAACAAAGACAACCAUUUUAUGAUGCCCGUAGUUGUGGUUUCUUAUAUUGCUUCACUUUUAAUAGUUAAGUUGCUUUUACAGAAUUAACAGGUCUUCAAGAAAUUUAAACAAAGGUCAUUAUUGCUGUGGUUUGAGCUCAGCAUGGCUGUAGUCAUCCGUUUACUGGGGCUUCCUUUUAUUGCGGGGCCUGUGGAUAUUCGUCACUUUUUCACGGGAUUGACUAUUCCUGAUGGAGGAGUGCAUAUAAUUGGAGGGGAAAUUGGGGAGGCUUUUAUUAUUUUUGCAACAGAUGAAGAUGCAAGACGUGCCGUAAGUCGUUCAGGAGGGUUUAUCAAGGAUUCAUCUAUAGAGCUUUUUCUUAGUAGUAAGGCAGAAAUGCAGAAGACUAUAGAAAUGAAAAGAACUGAUCGCAUAGGAAGAGAGCGACCAGGAUCUGGGGCAUCAGGGGUUGGCAGCUUCUCUAAUUUUGUUGAAGCUAUUAAAGAAGAAGCAAUUAAUUCUGGAUAUGCCUCUCCAAUUAAUCAAGAUGCUGGGUUUCAUACUAAUGGUACAGGACAUGGUGAUUUAAGGCCGAGAAAGACACGACCAUUGAAGGCCGAGAAUCCUUACUUGUUUCUACGAGGUUUGCCUUACUUAGUAAAUGAAGAUGACGUACGUGUCUUUUUCUCUGGUUUGUGUGUGGAUGGAGUAAUUUUCUUAAAACAUCACGAUGGCCGAAAUAAUGGUGAUGCUGUAGUAAAAUUUGCUUCAUGUAUUGAUGCUUCAGGAGGUCUUAAAUGUCAUAGAAGUUUUAUGGGUUCACGAUUUAUAGAAGUAAUGCAAGGCUCAGAACAACAGUGGAUUGAGUUUGGUGGUAAUGCAGUUAAGGAGGGUGAUAUUCCUAUGAGAACUGAAAAACAUUCUCCACCAAGAGGAAUUAAUGAUAGACAUUUUCGAAAACGAUCUCAUUCAAAAACUCCCAGAAGAACACGUUCUCGUUCCCCUCUCGGAUUUUAUGUUCACUUAAAAAAUCUGUCUCUCAGUAUUAACAAAAGAGAUUUAAGAAAUUUCUUUAGAGAUACUGAUCUGACUAAUGAACAGAUUAGGUUUUUAUAUAAAGAUGAAAGAAGAACAAGAUAUGCCUUUGUGAUGUUCAAGACUCUGAAAGACUACAACACUGCUCUGGGUUUACAUAAGACUGUUUUACAAUAUCGUCCAGUUCAUAUUGAUCCAGUUUCUAAAAAACAAAUGCUGAAGUUCAUUGAAUGUUAUGAAAAGAAAAGACCAGUGUCAAUAGAGAAAGAGAGGCUUGGACAUGUUUCACAAAAAUACUCUCAAGAAGGCUACUCUGGCCAGAAACUGUGCAUAUAUAUACGAAAUUUUCCAUUUGAUGUUACAAAAGUUGAAGUGCAAAAGUUCUUUGCAGACUUUUCUCUUGCUGAGGAUGACAUUUACUUGCUUUAUGAUGACAAAGGAGUUGGUCUGGGAGAAGCAUUGGUGAGAUUCAAAUCAGAAGAACAGGCCGUGAAAGCUGAACGUUUGAACCGACGAAGAUUCCUAGGGACAGAGGUAUUGUUAAGAAUUAUAUCUGAGGCACAAAUGCAGGAGUUUGGUGUAAGUUUUUCCUUGAUGUCCAGUGAGAGAAUGCAAGACCAUUCACAGUCAUGUGAGAGAGAUGACCACUCCCACUCAUUCGACUCAAAUGAUCCACCGGUAUACUUAGUUGGCCCUUCUGAAAACUUUAGGCAUCAGGAAGAGGACUUGAGGCAACUGGACAAUUUCAAACAUCCCCAGGGGGAGUUCGGACAGCCUGAUAGGCGCCCUCCAGAAGACUUUAGGCAUUCCCCAGAGGACUUCAGGUGCUCCCCGGAAGACUUCAGGCGCCCUCGGGAGGAGCACUUAAGGCGGCCUCUUGAGGAGGACUUCAGGGGCCCUUGGGUGGAGGACUUCAGAUACCCUCGGGAGGAGGACUUCAGGUACCCUAGGGAGGAGGACUGGAGACGGCCACCUGAGGAAGAUUUCAGGCGGCCUCCCAAGGAGGACUUCAGGCGACUCCCUGAGGAGGACUGGAGGCGGCCCCUGGAGGGAGAAUUCAGGCGACCCCCUGAGGAGGAUUGGAGGCGGCCUCCUGAGGAGGACUUCAGGAGGCUUCCCCCCGGGGAAUGGAGGCGACUACCUGAGGAGGACUUCGGGUGGCCCCCUGAGGAGGAUUUCAGGCGACUUCCAGAGGAAGACUUCAGGCGGCCCCCUGAGGAGGACUUCAGGCAUUCUCCCGAGGAGGAUUUCAGGCGUUCUCCUGAGGAGGAUUUCAGGCGGCCACCCCAGGAACACUUCCGGCGGCCACCCCCAGAGCACUUCCGGCGGCCACCCCAGGAGCACUUCCGGCGGCCACCCCAGGAGCACUUCCGGCGGCCACCCCAGGAGCACUUCCGGCGGCCAUCCCAGGAGCAUUUCAGGCGGCCACCUCAGGAGCAUUUCAGGCGGCCACCCCAGGAGCAUUUCAGGCGUCCCCGAGAGGAAGAUUUCAGGCACCCACCGGAUGAAGAUUUCAGGGGCCCUCCUGAUGAAGACUUUAGACACCCUCCUGAUGAGGACUUCAGGAGCCCCCAGGAGGAAGAUUUUAGAUGUCCUUCUGAUGAGGACUUCAGGCGGCUCCCGGAGGAAGACCUCAGGGAAGGUCCAGAGGAGGACCCUAGACUUCCUGACAAUUUUAGACCUCCUGGUGAGGAGUUUAGGAGCCCACCUGAUGAUUUUAGAAGUCAUCGCCCUUUUGUGAAUUUUGGUCGCCCAGAGGGUGGCAAGUUUGAUUUUGGAAAGCGUAAUAUGGGAAGUUUUCCUGAGGGGAGAUUUAUGCCUGAUCCAAAAUUAAAUUGUAGUUCAGGUAGAGUAACACCUAUUAAGAUAAUGAAUCUUCCAUUUAAAGCUAAUGUUAAUGAAAUUCUAGACUUUUUCCAUGGUUAUAGAAUCAUACCUGAUUCAGUUUCAAUACAAUAUAAUGAGCAAGGAUUACCUACAGGGGAAGCCAUUGUUGCUAUGAUAAACUACAAUGAAGCUAUGGCUGCUAUUAAAGACCUAAAUGAUAGGCCAGUUGGUCCGCGCAAAGUUAAGUUAAUUUUGCUCUAAAGAGCAUUUAUAAAUUCAGAGUUACCUCCCCACAGUAUUGAUGCAGUAAAAUGCAUUUUUUUAUGGUGUUUAUUUUUAAUUAUCUAGUGAAAAAUAUUUUAAUUUUGACCUGUGAAUAGAACAAAUGUAAAUAGUAGAAUGUGAAUCUGGUUUUCUUUUGUUUGCAAAUUGCCGUUCAUUUUUUCUAAUUUAAAAUUAUAUAUGCCUUUUUUUUUUUGACAGUGGGGGAGAGAACUAAUAUUCCCUGAGUGCAUUAAUUUUUGUUGCUGUCAUGGGUAAACCUCAAGACUUGUAUAAAGUAGAGCUGUAUUUGGGGAAGAUAAAUUUUAUAUUCACUUUUGUUUCCAUUCUGUAUUCUGCAUCCUUUACUCAAACUUUAUAAGGAAAUGGUCAGUGACUGAUUGUUCAGGUUUAGCAUUUUCCUUGCUAACUGCCUGCAAAAUUAAUGCCCUCUUCCUCGUCUGAGAUAUUACUGUGUUAAGCCUCCCGUUAAUUAUAAAUAGUUCAAAAUGGACAGACUGUGAACUUGAAGUUUACUCAUGUAAGAAGCUUAGGAGAUUCUUAAGUUUCCAUGUGCAUAACUUUGGAAAGUUUUAUAAAAAUAAAAAAAUUGCAACUGAA